AUGACCACCUUUUCCGCCCCGCUUCCCGCUACCAGAUCGCUGCCUACCAACCAGUCGGCCCUGGCUGCUUCUUUCACCAACUUCCUUACCGUGUCAGUCCACCAAAUACUCUUCUUACGUUCCGUCUACCCACGCGCAACCUUCCUACCCGUGCGGGCAUACAACUACCCUGUCCGACAAUCUCGUCACCCAAAAGUGUGUGACUAUAUCAACGAUGCAUCUAUCGCAGUCGGGACAGAAAUCUUGAAAGGCACAAUCACCGCAGUCAGUAUCAUUAUUUCAUCUCUUCGCACAAAUCAGCCCCUCGAACGAUAUGCCUUUGAUCUUUCAGGCUUCCCUCGGGCUCCUGCCGGAGAAGUGAACACUACAUUUGAAGACAGAAGUGAAGAUUCAUCCAGGCCAGGUGCCCCCGCCUCAGAUCUGGGCCCAGCGCCAACCUCGGUCGACCUCGAAUCACAAUUCCGGGCCUGUCUGGCGCGUCUUGCGUCUGCAUGUGCGCGCCUGACCCCACUACCGCGAGAUGACGAAUUCAGCUUCACGGUCUGCAUUGAAGUGCGCGAAGAUGCACUGCCUCCCGCGGGUACCACCAAAGAAGAACAGACAUGGAUCGUCGCCGAACCCGGCAAAGUGCAUUUGAGAUCCUGCACCGCUCCUUUCUCCGUGUCAAAAUUACGGAAUGGUGAACCUCAACAGCCACCCCCUCGGGUCUCGAAUGGCCGUGCCAAAACAGUACCGGUACGACGUGUGGAAGCAGGAGAACUUCGGCUGGAGUUGUGGGUGGAAGAGGCGAGGCAGAAGUUUAAUGAACCGGUGGAUUCAGAGCAGCCUCCUUGA